AUGGGGAGCAGAGCUGCCCACAAUUGGAAGAGACGGCCUGCCGUCUGCAAGAAGCUCGAUCUGCCGAGUCAAGCCCUUCAGAGCCUCUUGCUUAGGGCUUGCUCAGGCAGAAAUUGCUCGAGAAGCUGCGGCCUUGGGAUAUGCCAGAAAGUGUGCGUCGGCCAUUCGGUUCGACCUGCUGUCUCUGUGCUGAGGUACGGCAAAGGCAAGGGCAAAGGCCAAAGCAAAGCAGAUCGGAAGACAGGCCUUGACGGUGGUAGGCAGAGGAGUAGAUUCUCGAAAGGGAGCUGCAUCGGGCUUUUCAGGUGGGAAGCAUGCGGCCGGGGACAAAGAAGGAAGUGGCAAGCCGCUAGGCUGCCGCCUGUGCGCAGCACUUUGUGGGCUGGCUGCCCUGUCCUGCUGAUUGCCCCUGGCGGUUAUGUGAGCCGGAAGACUCGCCGUCGGGCAGCUAGAUUGGAUUGGCAUAAACUGGCUACUCGCACGGAUGAAGUCUUGGAGGCCGUCUCCAACCAUGCGCCAUCCUCGCAGGAAGUCGAAGCCGUUCGCUCCGAAAUUGCGAACGUGGCAGAACUGAAGGUUGCCGCAGCCGAGUUGCGAAAGGAAGUGGAUGCACGCCAUGCAAAAGUGAGCUGGUAUGAAGAACUCUUUCAGGCUACCCGCCUGGCAAAGCUAACAGGUGCCAAGGUGCCUGAUGUAGACUGGACAUUGAUAGCUGAUCGCAUCAACAAGCGCUUCAAGUACAAGCCUGGCAAGGAUGCAUUCUGUCCUGCCCACUACUUUACAUAUGAGGACUGGUUCUUAAGGGCACUGUCGCCAGCAACACUUGAGCGAUGUCUGUCCCAAGCAGCCUUGGCGGAAGUUUGCUCGCCUGUGCAGGGAAAGGCAUGGGAACAGGUGCCCAGCGGUGAAAUGUCAUUGAAGAUCUCGGUCAUCGCAGUUUCGGAGCUACUGCAAGUGUUGGAUGGGAAGCAUCUGGUGCAGCUGCGGUUGCGCUGGCCAGAUUACCACCGGGUUCAUAGCCCGGUGGAUGGCAAGAUCUUAGCCAUAGACUGCUACCAGAAGGACGAGCUCUUCCCUGGGGCUGAAUCUUUGACAGUUUUUUCCUUCAGCACGCCCUUCGGGUUGGUGCGCUUGCUGUGUAUCGGCGAAUGGUCGGUCCAAAGUUUCGUGGCGCUCGGCAAAAUCGGGGACCAGGUGGCAAAGAUGGACGAACUUGGCCAUUUCGACCUUGGCUCGCAGGUCAUUCUGUCACUACCAGACGGAAUGGACGUUUGUUUGGAGGGAUCCCCAAAGCUUUUUCCUGGUGAUCCGAUCGCUGUCGUGCGCAGUCACAGCGAGAAAAAAGCCGUGCCGACAUUGGGCCGAGGGAGGCCGACGCCGUGCUCGACAUUCGGCGGCCAAAGUUGCAAGCCCGAAGCGGACGAGGUGCUGGAUCAGAAGGCGCCCCGAUCGAGCGUCCGAGGUGCGGAUCCUGGGACAAUGCGGCCUGUCCAGGAUAGUCUGAGGGUGAGGCCGGAGAAGUACAAAGUGGAGAACGGCAUGCACCAAGGGGAGGGACGUUAUGUGAAGAAGGUGAAGCGUUUGAGAAAGGUGCGAGGUGAGGUAGCAACCUUUGUCGAACCAGAUGCCUGUGCUGCAUCUGCCUGCUGCAGCUCCUUCGUGCAAAAGGCUGAGGCUGAGGAACACAAGACGCUUUCAACAAGCGGGACCUGGUACUUCUCCCACAGUGGCACCGAAGAGUCAGUGACAGCAAUCGUGCCAGCAGAAACGGUGCUGGCCUCCACACCAGCUGUUGUGCACGGGUGGUGCAUGAAAUGGAAGGAAACAGCAAGUGGCACCAAGCCAUAUUUGGACCAGGCGAGCUCGGAAAGGACUUGCGCCCGCGGAACAGCAUACAUGCUGAGCGAACCAGGCAUGACGUCAAAAGAGCCUCGCGGAAGGAAGGUUUUAAAGAAAAGCCUACUGAAGUUGAAGCAGACCGCACGAGUCGUGUGCCCGGGAAGCUUGACCGAGCGGUUCAUCGCUUGUGGCCGGGCUUCAGCGUACAGUGCGCUGACCGCGUUUGAGCGGCGUUUGCUUUCAACUGGACAGCUCAGCCGGAGCCUAAGCACCAAGAGCAAGUCACCAGAGGAUGCAGACGUGCUGCCACUCAGCGCUCGGCGAUUGGAGGCGGAUCCAAAAGCCUACCAUCAAGCCGCCAUAAGCGCAGAAGGAUCGUUGCCUGCGCGGGCGGUCUCCAGGCUUUGGUCGGUCGACGCGGCAUUGGAGACGGAUGCGCUCUGGCCUCUCUGCCCAGAGCGUCUCCAGCUUGCCCAGCGGCUGCAGUGCCAGAAAGGCUUGCGCCGACGGAGCGAUCGCUAUAUGCGUGAGGUUUUAACACCACUCAUCGACCAAUCGGUUCUCUCGGCCGCGUGGACAAUGGCCGAACCUUUGCCGCAGCUGCAGCACGAGAAGAUCACAUGCUCUGGCUCGCAAGCACUCUGCGCCUUGAGCAACUAUGUCAUAAGCUUGUCCCUCGGAGGCCUCACAGGCGUCAAGGCAGCUAUUCCGAUGCUGCUGGUGGCCAUCGGCUCAAAGCUGAGCGACCGAUUUCCACUGCACUUGGAAGAUACCUGGCUGGACAGCUGGAUUUGUAUCGUGGUGCUUGGCCUUCUGCUGAUUCUGGAGCUGGUGUCUGACUGCAUUCCAGCAUUGGCUUCCUGCCAAGACUGCGCCAUGCUGGUAGCAAAACCGGUGCUUAGCUUCACUAUGGCUUUGGCACCCAGUUAUGGGAGCCAGUAUGGCAUCAGCUCCGCCACAGGCUGGUUGGCUGCCUUUUCUGCUGGUGGUCUGGCAUUGGUGGUGGCUGUCAUCAAGGCUGCGUGGACAUUGGCCUGUGACAGCUGCUCGGGUGGUUGUUGCAGUCAAGUCCGUAGUGCUGUCGAGCAUGCACUGACCAGCAUUCUCACCUUGUUCGUGUUCUUCGUGGGGGUCAUAGCGGCCGGCGUGGUGGUUGCAGGCUUUGCUGCUCUCAUUGGCUACUAUGUCACUGCAAGGCGGCGCGAAGGAAAGCCAAUGUUGCCGCAUGAAGUCGCGACAAAGUCUCCAGACUGCUGUGGUGACAAUGCAGACUCUGGCACUGAUUCGGAGUCAGCCGAAGAUGACGAUGAGCUGAACGCAGGAUGGCUCGAGUCGGGCAGCCUUGGAUCAGGCAAAGCGGUUGGUGACCGCUUGCUCCGGGGCAUGGAUGGCAGCUACGAAGCAGGGCGCGGAUUCGGUCCUUUGGAAGCCAGCUUGGCUGCAGCCUCGGUAUUGACGGUGGGAUGGAGAAGCCGGAUCAGGAAACUUCCUCUGUCUAUCCUUCGGAGGAGAAACAGUGGCGCCUGCUCCUGCGCAUGCGCGCGUGCGAGUGCAUUAGUGUGGGUGCGCACGUAG